AUGGAGGCAAACUCUCAGCAGCAGCAGGGAGCGGAGGCGUCGCGGCGGACGCAGCUGCAGGAGUCGGCGGAGGUGCGCGCGGCCGCGGCGCCACUGCCGUGCCCGCGGUGCCGGAGCCGGGAGACCAAGUUCUGCUACUUCAACAACUACAACGUGAACCAGCCGCGCCACUUCUGCAAGGCCUGCCACCGCUACUGGACGGCCGGCGGCGCGCUCCGCAACGUGCCCAUCGGCGCCGACCGCCGCAAGAACCAACCACUCGGCCCCAUCGCCACCGUCGCCGGCCACCACCACCGCGCCGCCCCCGGCUUCGUCCUCGGCUUCCCCAGCCCCUCCUCCUCCCCCACCUCCCCACCGCCCAUGUACGCCGACCGGUGGCAGCUCGGGCCGGAUGGCCGGUUCUGA